CCUUGGACAAACAAGUUCUCUAGAACACCACUAGAACGGAAGUACCUUGCUUGCAGUUGCAGUUCAGCAAACCCACAGUACCCAAAAACCACACAGAAUGCAGAUCUACCUGAGGACACUGACAGGCCGCACCAUCGUCCUGACCGGACUGGCCGAGGACGAAACCGUUGACAGCGUGAAGAAGAUGGUCGAAGCCCGGGAGGACGUUCCGCCGAAUUACCAGCGGUUAAUCUUCUCCGGCAAACAGCUGGAGGAUGGCCGCACCCUGGACGAGUACAACAUCAUCAAUCGGUCCACGUUGCAUCUGGUGCUGCGCCUGCGGGGAGGCCAGUAAUCCGGGGCAACCGGGGGAUUACUGCCAUUGCCAUUGUGAACUUUACUGUUAUGACGACUGCCUACGAAGGAGAACGAUAUUGCUUAUCUAAGAUUUGUGUUCGGAUUUUUGUGAGGAGGUUCUUUCAAUGAAAUAAACUACUCUACUGUUAAACGUUUAA